UGGAUGCAGAGGAAGAGGAAAAGGAAGACAGAUUCUGAGACCACACAAGAGGUGCAGGAGCCAACAGAGAGCGAAAAAUUGAAUGAUGAGAGUUGGAUCAAAUCGCACUUUAGCCGUCUUUCCGAGGAGAAGCUGGCCGCCAGCAGCACUGCUGGCCUCAACACCGCCGGGCCCAGCAGCUCCGCCGCUGCUCCGCAGCCGGACAGUGGCAGCGGGGAGGCCAGCACCACGGUUCGCGUGGAGACCUUCACCACGCGGCAAGGAGACGAGGGCAUGGCCCUUCACCGGGAGACCUUCACCAGCAAGCAGAGAAUGUCUGGGACUUCCGUGACCAAAGAGACCCACAAGGAGUCUGGGAAGUCCUCGUCCGCGGAGGAGGCCACGUGGGCCGCCGUGGCCGCCUGUACCAAGGAGAUUGACACCAAGGGGCAGCAGCUGGCCAACUCCAUGUUGCAACGGGCCACGGCCUGCCAGAACUCGGGCCACCUGGAGACCAAGGACAUCAACCAGGAGGAGCUGAAGGCCCUCGAGGAGGUGGAGAUGAAGCUGAAGGGGAAUUUCCUCACCCAGCGGGAAUCCACCGUAGCUGGCGCCAACCACACACACACCUACCACAGCCACUGCCACCACGGCCACCAGGGUUAUCCAAACCACCAGUCCCACAGCCUGCCCAACCGCAACCCCCAGGGCUACCACCCCUUUAAAGCCACCUAA